AUGCAGCAGCCGGUGGUUCAGAAUUACAGUCAGUGGCCACCUGUGAUGAGUCAGCCAGGCAUACAACCCCAGAACUUUGCCCAGCCCCAAUAUCAGUCGCACAUGGUUGCUGGGCAGCCUUUGUACAGAGCAGUGGGGCCACAGCCAGCGGUGCAGCCAUCUCUGCCCCAGGCACUACCAGUUCAGCAGCAGAGACCCUUGACAGAUGAGGACAGGCGGAUCAUUCCAAAGAGGAGCAUUGAGAGGCUGGCAACGGCGGCUGGGGGCAGCGCAAGCAGCGCAGGCAGUGAGGCUGAGGCUGCCUUACUGGAGCUGGCUGAAGACUGGAUAACAAAGGCAAUUGUGUUUGGAUGUGCUUCUGCGCGCAAGCGAGGUGCAGAGCAGCUUGCACCAUCAGACGUGGCUCCAUAUUUUGAGAGGACCUGGGCAGCAGCUGUACGACGAACAAUUGCUGAGGCGUCAGCUCCCAAGGAAGCCCCUGCAACUUCCGCACAGGUACCUUCUGCGCAGGUGCAGCUCCCACCUGCGUUUGUCACCUACCACUGUGCUUCCAACUACAAACCUUGA